AUGGAGGACUGCGUCAACCUGAGCAUCGUAUUAAAGCGAAAUGGCUGCAGUACAACGGGAUUCAGACGUCGUCUUCUUCUUCGUGCACUUUCAUACGAAAUGAAGGUCUCUCCAACAAAGCCGGGAUUAUACGCUGCACAAUCGCGGUUCGAGUCCCUCGGGGGUGCUGAUGAGACCAGUUCAGGCGGGGUCAAACCUGCAUUCCACUCCAGUCUGGAUACAUUUUGA